CAAAUAUUCGCACAAUCAAAUACUUCCCAAUCAGUGUGUUGAGAGUCCACUCCCACCUCUUCCUUUCCCCUUCUGUCUUCUUCAUCCUCCUUCUCCUCCUCUCUAACAAUCACAUGUUCCACCACCCCUAACCUCCUCCCAAUCCCAACCCGCCGCCGCCAUGUACCUCUCCGAAAAGCCCCACCCAAUCGAUUUCUACAAGUCCUCCUCCUCCCCCGACCGCGACAUCAUGAUGGACGUCGUCUCCGCCGCCGCCGCCAACACCAGCAGCGGCGGCGAGGACCACGAGGUCCGCGCCCCCAAGAAACGCGCCGAGACAUGGAUCCAGGAAGAGACGCGCAGCCUGAUCAGCUUCCGGCGCGAGGUGGACGGACUGUUCAACACGUCCAAGUCGAACAAGCACCUCUGGGAGCAGAUCUCGGCCAAGAUGAGGGAUAAAGGGUUCGAUCGGAGCCCCACCAUGUGUACGGACAAGUGGCGGAACUUGCUUAAGGAGUUCAAGAAGGCCAGGCAUCAAGCCAAGGUCGGCAGCAGGUCUGCUAAGAUGACGUACUACGAGGACCUUCAGGAGCUGCUGAGGGGUAGGACUAGUAGUCAUAAUAGUAAUAGUGGCGCGGAUAAUAAUGCGGCGGCUAGUAAUGGAGCCGCUGGUGGUUCCUAUAAGAGGCCGAAUUCGCCUCCGAAGCUCGAGUCUUUCAUACGUUUCUCUGAUAAGAGUCUAGAGGAUGCAGGCAUUCCGUUUGGACCCAUGGAAGCUGCUGAACGGACGGCAGUGGACUUGGAAAGGCAGUUGGAUCAUGAUGGUGACCCUCUGGCUAUUACCGCGGGUGAUGCAGUGGCAGGCAAUGAGGUUCCACCGUGGAAUUGGAGAGAGGGCCCUGAGAAUGGAGGGGAGGGACACUCAUCUUAUUGUGGAAGGAUUAUAACUGUCAAGUUGGGCGAAUACAACACCAGAAGGAUUGGUAUUGAUGGAACUGCUGAUGCGAUUAAAGAGGCAAUCAAGUCUGCGUUCAGAAUAAGAACUAAGCGAGCAUUUUGGUUGGAGGACGAGUAUCAGGUUGUUCGGAGUCUUGAUAGGGAUAUGCCUUUGGGCAAUUACACUCUCCACCUUGAUGAAGGAGUAACUAUUAAACUUUGCCUCUGCGAUGAAUCCGACCAUAUAGUUCGGACUGAAGAAAUAACAUUCUACACUGAGGAUGACUUUCGUGAUUUCCUUACCCGUCGCGGCUUGAUUGGUUUGAGAGAUUUAAGAGAAUUAGGUGGCUACAGACGCAUUGAUACAUUAGAUGAUCUUCAAUCUGGUGCAAUGUAUCAGGGAGUGAGACUUCUGGGGGACUAGAAGAUUUUGUAUAUUCACUUCAACUAUGAUAUAGCUCGUACAGUUGGUUUUUUUCUUCCUCCUUUUCUUGGUUUACUACUAAUCAUAAA